AUGGCUCUUGAACCAAUUAUGUCAACAAUGAAAUACUUCUCUUCAUUGUUGCUCUAUUUGGCUAUUUUUGAAUAUUAUAUGUCAUCACUUAACACACCUGAUUCGAAAUUUUCACUUCUUGAUCUCAAAUUAUUAUAUAGUACCAAUGAAAUCACUCUUGAUUUGAAUUCGCAAUAUGAACAUACAGCUAUAUUUAACAAAUUUCUCGUUGCUGCUAUUGAAUGUCUUGAUGGUGUACUUAUAGAACUUGGUGAUAAACAAAAUAAUUCAGAAUUACGUUAUGCUGGUGUUGGUGAAUGGGUACAAGUAAAAUGA